UAUGGCGGGUUGUUUUGGCGCGAAAAUUCAUCCAUAUUAGGGUUUACUCAUUCUCAGUGGCUUUUCUCUUUCCCACCAAAUUUCAAGGUUGCUUUCGCGAGAACCCUUCUUCUCUCUUCUAAGAUCGAAAUUUGCUCAAGUAAAAAACCCAGGGAUUUCAGUUAUGAUCAUGUAGAAUCGCACAAUUUCGUAUCGCUUUUCCGACUUCAGGCCGAUUUCAUGUGAUUUUGCUCAAUUCUUGACUAUAUGCACGAUCAGGAUCUUUAGGGGUGAAUGCAAUCCUAAAAUCAUACGAUUUUAUGAUCUGGAUCACAAUUCUGUUGACAAUGGUUACAGCCUAAUGAAACCUGAUGCCUGCUUGUACUAGUCCUAAAUGGGUAGGCAUCCUGGUUUGACAGUUCUACAAUUUGCAAGGCCGAGACAUCUGAGGAGAAAUAUUCGUCUUGUCGUCAAUCUUCAUAAAAAUGAUCCCACAACAAGAUUCCGAGUUUGAUUCCAAUUGUCUCAAACCAUAUUACGGAAAGCUGUUUCCUUAUGCUGAUAUAUUUAAAUGGAUGUCUUAUGGCCACGAUGGGAAACAUCCUGGUUGUGAUCAGUCCUACUUUGGAAGAAGGGAAUUUUCCUUCACUUUGAAUGGUGACUUUUAUCUGCGCUUCCAAUCUUACAACAAUGCCCUUGAGCUCGAAAAAGCCAUCAAAGAAAAAUGCCCUUUAAAGAUUGACAUUGGACCUGUCUACACAGUCGAUCCUGCAAAAAGGCAUGCCUAUGCACAAAGUGAUAAUAAUGUCUUCACUCCAGUUGAGAGGGAGUUGAUUUUUGAUAUUGAUAUGACAGAUUAUGAUGAUGUCAGAUACUGCUGCAAGGGGGCUGAUGUUUGCUUGGAUUGCUGGCCAUUGAUGACCAUAGCCAUCAAAGUGAUUGAUACUUCCUUAAGAGAUGACUUUGGCUUCAAGCACAUACUCUGGGUCUAUAGUGGACGAAGAGGUGUUCACUGUUGGGUGUGUGAUGGGAAGGCAAGAAGGUUGACUAAUGAGCAAAGAGCUUCUGUUGCUGACUAUUUUCGUGUUUACAAGGGCAAUGAAAAUAGUCAUAAGAAGGUUUCUUUGAUGGGUGCUGCUCUUCAUCCUUUCUUGGCGACAUCAUACACCAACGUUCUCAAAGACUAUUUCGAGAAAGUACUGCUUACACGUCAAAACUUACUCGCUACUGAGGAGAGAUAUGAGAAGAUCCUAAGCAUGAUUCCUGAUGAAUCUAUUGCUUCUGAACUUAGGGGAAAAUGGCAAGACAGUAGGCGUUCCUCUAGUGCAAAAGAAGAUAUUAAUAUUGUACGAUGGGAACAGUGCAAGCAGUUGUUGCAAUCUGGAAAACAUAAGUCACAAGGGUUGCGUAGAUGUGUUGAAGAGAUUGUGUUCUGCUAUACUUACCCCAGGCUAGAUAUGGAGGUUUCAAAACAUAUGAAUCAUUUGCUUAAAGCUCCAUUUUGUGUACAUCCAAAAACAGGUCGUGUCUGUGUCCCUAUUGACCCAAAUCGAUGCGACGAGUUCGAUCCUACUACAGUACCCACUGUUUUCCAGCUUUUAGAAGAGCUUAAUAAUGAAGGCUUGAGAGCCGAUGUUAAUGGUGAGAGGAGUGGAACUUCCCUUGGAAACUCCGUUACGCUUUUCAGAUCAUCGUUCUUAGAACCUUUACAAAAAGGCAGCAAGGAGGAGAUAGAAAGAUCCUAUAAUUUAAAGUUGCAGCAGUCAAAGAACUCCAUAGGUUGGUAGUGCAAUGCAUUAUUGACUGGUCAUGUAGAUCUUGUGGUGAAAUCUGGUUUGAUACAUUUACAGUUGAAACAAGGAUGAAAUGUUUGUGGCAUUAUUUAAUUAAGAUGCCGUUUGCCCCCUUUGUAUUUUUCUAGAAACUACAACCUCUAUUUUGUUUCUGCUGAGUAAUGCACUUGAAUUUCAGUCUCGGUUGUAUAUAAGUUGGAUGAAAAAGUUUAGAUGUUCUAAUUUAUCUGUGAUAUUUCACACUACUGUAGUAUAUUGCUUCCAUUACAUGAUGGAACCAAA